GCAGAACCCCUCAAGCUUGCUAAGCAUAAGAAGUAAAUCUAAGUGCUUGUAGGAGAAAGAAAGGGAAGUUUAGGGAGUGAGAGAGAGAGAGAAAUGGCCUCGUCCAUGAUGGCCUCCACCGCCACCGUGUCGCGGACCGCCCCGGCGCAGGCCAACAUGGUGGCGCCCUUCACCGGGCUCAAGUCGGCCGCGGCAUUCCCCGCGACCCGCCGCUCGAGCGCCGACCUCUCCCACCUCCCUAGCAAUGGAGGAAGAGUCCAGUGCAUGAAGGUGUGGCCGAUCGAGGGCGUGAAGAAGUUCGAGACCCUCUCCUACCUUCCGCCACUCUCCCCUGAGGCUUUGCUCAAGCAGAUUGAUUACCUCCUCCGCAGUGGAUGGAUCCCUUGCUUGGAGUUUUGCCCUGUAGGGUUUGUGUACCGUGAGCACAACAAAUCCCCGGGUUACUACGACGGGCGCUACUGGACUAUGUGGAAGCUGCCCAUGUUCGGGUGCACCGACGCGACUCAGGUCGCGAAGGAGCUCGAGGAACUGAAGAAGGAGUACCCUCAUUGCUUCGCCCGCAUCAUCGGAUUCGACAACGUCCGCCAAGUCCAGUGCAUCAGCUUCAUCGCCUACAAGCCCGAGGGCAAGGGCGUGUACUAAUUGCCGUCGCAUUGCGAUCAAGCUGAUUCAUCCUGCUGUUACCUUACGUUUCAGUGUCGGUUCCGACCCAGUUCGGCGAUCUCUUUUUCUUUCUUUCUUUUUAAAUUUGUGGGGAUCUGUUAACUAUUUUCUCGUGUUUACUUUCAUUUUGCUUCUUCGUCUGAUCUCUCUCUCUCUCUCUCUCUCCAACAUAUGAGAAUCGACUAAGAUCAUUAUAUGUUUUGGUUGGCGAGGAAAAAUAUCAGAACUCCGGCUAUAAAUAAUUAUAUAUAUAUAUAUAUAUGGUGGUGUCGCCUAUAUAUGAAAAGUAAAUAUCACGGAUUUGGGUA